GCUAUACAAGCGAUUGGUAUAACUGCUGGUGUUCAUCGUCUUUGGUCACAUCACGCUUACAAAGCCAAAUUACCGCUUCGAGCUCUGCUUCUCAUUUUCUACACCGUGGCUGGCCAGAACAAGAUUUCGGAUUGGGUGCGAGAUCAUCGGAUACAUCAUAAAUAUGCUGACACGGACGCGGAUCCGCACAACAGCAAUCGCGGAUUCUUCUUCUCCCACAUCGGCUGGUUGAUGAUGAAAAAGCAUCCGGAAGUGAUCCGAAGAGGUCGUGAGAUUGACAUGAGCGAUGUCCUGACGGAUCCUGUCGUCGUGUUCGACGAAAAGUAUUUCGUGAUACUUAGAUUUCUCUUUUGCUUCAUGCUACCGGUACUGGUACCGGUUUAUGGAUGGAACGAGACAUGGAUGAGGUCAAUUAAAUCGCAGUGGUUGCUUCGCUACGUGAUCAGCUUGAAUUCCACGUGGAGCGUCAAUAGUGUGGCUCAUAUGUGGGGUUCGAAACCGUAUAACGCACACAUUAAUCCGACGAAUAAUAAGCUGGUUGCUUUUCUGACGUUUGGCGAGGGCUGGCACAAUUAUCAUCAUGUGUUCCCGUGGGAUUAU